AGGGAGAGUGUCCGCCAGUCAGUUCAGAGGGGUUAAUCUCUCUCUCUCUCUGUCUCUGUCUCUUUCUCUGCCUCUCUCUCUCUCUCUCUCUCUCUCUCUCUCUCUCUCUCUCUCUCUACCUCGAUCUCUCCCUCCCUCCCUCUGUUGCCUUUUGUUGCGGCCCCUCACUUUCUCAACACUUGGACAGAGGGAACUGAUACUGUGCCUGUGUGUGUGUGUGUGUGUGUGUGUGUGUAGUUUGGGUGUCCUUCUCACCACUCGCGAUCUCUCUGGACUGAACUGUACGUGAACAUGACUGACGGGACUUUCUAACACACUCCUCAUGCUGAAUGUUCACACCACAGACUGGAAUAUCCACUCCCGUGAUUAGAUCUGGUUUUCCAUAGGACAGAACAGCACACAUAAAGAUGGAAUCAGCACCUCUGGAAACAUCAUAGAGACUGACAGACAGGACAACAUAUUUCAUACGGUGGCAGAUUCCUCUGUGGCAGUGCCAGUGUCGUGCGCUGCCUUGUUUCCCAUGGACCUCAGGGUGGGAGAGCGGGGGAUGCGCCCUGGUUCGGACACGGCGCUCCUCACCUCGCUGCAUCCGCCUUUACUCCUCACCACGUUCUCCCCUCAGCCCCGCACCUCCUUCUCCCAACAACAACUGCACCAGCACAUCCGGUUUAACAUGGAGCAGAGGAGGCGAGAGCAGGAGCACCACGAGAAACACCAAGAGUUGCAGCAGCUAAAACACAAAGACAAGAGUCAACAGAGUGCAGUUGCCAGUUCCCUGGUAAAACAGAAACUCCAGGAGGUGAUUCUUAAGAAGCAAAAACAGGCAGCACUGGAAAGAACAAACUCCAACAGUCUGACUGCACCUCCUGUAGCAUACAGAAAGCUGGGCCCAGACCCCAGUUUAUCCUCCCAGCCUUUGGUCUCGUCUCCAUCACAGCCUUCUUCUGAGGGGUCAGAGGGGACACCGCUGCGCAGAGCAGCGUCUGAGCCCAAUCUGAAGGUGAAACACAAGCUGAAGAAACACCUGAACACCCGCAAGAGCCCGCUCACCCGCAAAGAGAGUGCCCCACCUACUGUCAAACACAGAGUACCUGAUGCACUGGACUCGUCCCCCAGCAGCAGUAGCACUCCAGUCUCUGGCUGCAGUUCUCCUAAUGACAGCCUGCCCAAUGAGAACGGGCUACUGCCAUCUGCAGGCGGCCUCUCGCAUGAGGCUCAGAGGCUGCUGCUCAGAGAUGGCACUCUCGCUAAUUUCACCAUCCAGAGUCCCUCCACUCUGCCCACUAUCACACUGGGACUACCAGCCAACGCCAGGGUAAACACUGAACUGCAGCAGAUGUCUGUCAUAACAACUCAAUUCUUCUUGAAUCAUGUCUUUUCUCUAAAACAAGCUGAGGGAGACCUGUCGUCUCUGAAAGUCGGCCGGGUGCCAGUGGUUACAGCUGGGGGCUCGCAGGUCUUCCUCCCCCUGAGCAGAGAGGAUCAGGCUGGUCAGCUGAACCCUCACCUGCCUGUCAUCAUCCUGGAGCCCUCUGGACUGGUACACACUCCGCUACUCAGUGUUCCAGGCCUAGAUGCUGUCCCGCUCCAGUUUGCCCCCCAGUUAGAACACCUGGCUCCUGGAGGCACCCAGACCCACAAGCCUCUGAGCAGAACACGCUCAGAGCCCCUCCCGCAGAGCCCACGGACCCUUCACGCACAUCUCCUCCAACAACAGCACAAUACACAACUACUAGAGAGGCUCAAACAGCAAACCCACCUGGGCAAGCUGAUGUCCAAGUCCAGUGAGAAGCCCAGACUGCAUCAGAUCCCCUCUGAGGAUAUGGACUCCGAGGAUGGUGGCGGGACGUCCCCUACAGAGCCAACCUAUCAGAGCAGAGCAAGGGCGGAGUCGCUGAGGGAGGCAGAGCCAACAGCAUCCAAGAGCCAGGAAGACCAAAUGAACUUGCAACAUGCACUCAUACUCAACCAGUCGUUGCUAUGGGAACAACAGAAGCAGCUGCAGCAGCUGCAUCGACAGAUGGAGACCCUGGCAGUGCCCAUGUUACGUAGCAGCGGCGGGGUUGCUAGUGGGCUGGGUGUCCAUCGCCCCCUGUCACGUACACAGUCCUCCCCAGCCUCCACCUCCCUCACUCUACCUGAGAAACCCCUGAGCCUGGCCGCACAGGACGCCAGCAGCAAACCACGCUUUACCACUGGCCUGGUGUAUGAUUCUCAGAUGCUCAAGCACCAGUGUACAUGUGGAGACAACAGCAGUCACCCAGAGCAUGCUGGGAGGAUACAGAGCAUCUGGUCCCGACUACAGGAGAGAGGCCUGAGGGGACAGUGUGAGAGUAUUCGUGGUCGUAAAGCCACUCUGGAGGAGCUGCAGUCAGUCCAUACAGAGCGCCAUGUGUUGCUCUACGGCACCAACCCGCUCAACAGACUCAAGCUGGAUAACCGCAAACUGGCCGGAAUACUCUCUCAGAGGAUGUUUGUGAUGUUACCAUGUGGGGGUGUAGGGGUUGAUAAUGACACCACCUGGAAUGAGUCGCACACCUCUACGGCAUCACGCAUGGCAGCAGGCAGCGUUGUGGAGCUGUCCUUCAGAGUGGCCAAAGGAGAACUAAAGAACGGCUUUGCUGUGGUCAGACCGCCAGGGCAUCACGCAGACCCCUCCAAUCCCAUGGGUUUCUGUUACUUCAAUUCUGUGGCCAUAGCCGCCAAACAGCUCCAACACAAGCUCAGUGUCAGCAAGAUCCUCAUUGUCGACUGGGAUGUUCACCAUGGCAACGGCACCCAGGAUGUGUUCUACAGUGACCCCAGUGUUCUCUACAUCUCGCUCCAUCGCUAUGACGAUGGAAACUUCUUCCCUGGCAGUGGGUCGCCAGUUGAGGUUGGUUCUGGAGCGGGUGAGGGCUUUAAUGUGAACGUGGCGUGGACAGGAGGACUAGACCCACCCAUGGGAGAUGCUGAGUACCUUGCUGCAUUCAGGUCUGUGGUGAUGCCCAUCGCCCAGGAGUUCUCUCCGGACGUCGUUCUGGUGUCGGCUGGGUUUGAUGCCGCUGAGGGCAACCCUGCUCCUCUGGGAGGGUACAAGGUUUCUGCCAAAUGUUUCAGCUUCCUGACCCGCCAGCUGAUGUCUCUAGCAGGAGGUCGUCUGGUUUUGGCCCUUGAGGGAGGUCACGACCUUACAGCUAUCUGUGACGCAUCUGAAGCCUGUGUCAGUGCACUACUGGGCAUACAGGACCCACUGGCAGAAGAGGUUCUACUCCAGAAGCCCAACGCUAACGCAGUCCGCUCCCUGCAGACUGUCAUACAGAUACAAAGUCAGUACUGGCAGAGUGUGAAGGCUUACAGUGGAUCAGUGGGUCUGUCCUACCUGGCUGCUCAGAGAAGAGACUGUGAGGAAACAGAUGCUGUCAAUGCUUUGGCCUCGCUCUCUGUGGGAGUGCUUUCCAACAAGAGCCUCCCAGACGAGCCGAUGGAGCAUGACAGUGACUCUAUGUAGAAGAAUCCGACCAAUCACCUCACAGAACUCACUUUAAGGAUUCGGGCCGCACCUGUAGCCUUGGAUCUCCCGCGCUGUCACAUGACCAUGAAGGGGACGUGUUUUGUAAUGCCACUGAGCCCCACCCGUCUGCCUUAUUCACACACAUUCACAUGCACCAACACACAAUGCUGAACCUCUACAGAGCUGCCGUAUGAGCACCUCAGUGCUGGUAACCACUCAGCAGCCAGCAGCACUACCUGCAACUGGGAAACCUUCUGAAACCUCACCAAAGAGCAAUACCAGACAAUUUUGAAUAGACUUUUCACGUCUCCUGACUGACUUUGGAUUUUGUGUGUGUGUGUGUUCAGAGGUCCAGUAGCACAGCUCUGUGACCACAAACCUUAGAAGAACAGACGGACUUCAGAUGCAGAGUCCAGUUCUGAUUCUUCUUGAAGCACUAUGUACCAGCAGGCUGUUUUGUUGCCUUAACUUUGCCUUAACGUAAGGACCAACAUCAGGUUUCAGAAGACUUUGGAUUAUAUAUUCCUUGCUCCUCUGCCACUUUGCUUCCCACAUCACAGUCGAAGCAAAUGCAGACCAAACGGGAUGCAAAAUGGCUGACUGUUGAAGGUUCAUGGCCUACAACCUACAACAUCAGGUGAAAGCAUAUAUGCACAUACCUGAUGGAUAAGAUGCAAAAAUAUCAACAAGAGGUGGCCACAUUACAAAGAGAGGAAAAAAAGACACAGAGAUUGUCUGUUUUAAUGAUGUCAUUAUAUGCAGUUUAACCACUAAAAGAAGACAACAAAGAACUUGAGGGAAAGAAAAUGAAGACACAAAAUGGACAACUGUGGUUUUGUAGAAACAAAGAAGGGGCAAAUGUCCUUGUUGUUUUAUUGCACUGUUCAUUCCAUAAUGUGAACCAUAAGAAAUUCCAAAGCUCUGGGAAAUAAAAGAAACAACUCCUCUGUAGGUUAUUUAAUAGUUUUUUGAAGAUUUGGAUGAAAUAGCGUUGGCUAUACUUUUCCCACUCUUCAUCUGAGAUGUCUUACAAAGUCUCUGACUCACUCUUUGGACACGUGUCAGCCGAAAUACUGUAUUGUAUUUCCUAUGAAGUUAAUCUGAAAAGUAGGCAAGAUUUUAAGAGCAGGAUUAUUUUUCACUGCUGUUCAGUGUCUUAGAUGCACACACAUACAUUUAUACACACCUACACAAACACAUGUACAAAGCAAUGAUGAACUAUCGAUGUACCACUAGUAUUGAAUACUGUAUAUUAUUGUUUAUAUUUGAGACUAAAGGGGCGUUCAUUCCACCGUGGCACCACUGAGGACCACUGUAUUGUUCUAUAGUAGCAAUAAUGUUAAUGCACUUAAUGGACAUCACCCAAAGAAAACUGCCUUAAUAGCCUGCACUCUGCGACUGUAUGGAAGCAACACAAGGGACCAGUAUGGAUACUACUUAUACAGUGACUCUUCUUUGAAAAGACGACGUUUGAACCUGUGGAUUUAGGUGAACAUCGUACAUACAGACUUUUAUUUACCAUUUGUUUUGAUGAUGAGUACAGUGGCCUGGUCUGGUUUGAAUGUUUUCUUCAUCAUCUUGGGAAAAAAAAUCAGUUUUGGAGUUCCGGGCUUUAUCACAGUCUUAUAAAGGAAACUAACGUAUUGUGUUCUGUUUGUUGGAAGUGAGUGUUUUUUCUCUGCAGCUGUGCUAAGUUGCAGCUCUUCUGGUCAAUGUCAGUCUGUCAUCUAAGCUGACGUUUGAAGUAGAGGUCAUGAUGCUGAUUCAUGUGAAGAAUUUCCUGACUGCCCUGCUUUACGGGCAUGUUAGGGCUCUGCAUUCCAAAAGUAAAAAAUAACAAGAUCAUGUUUGUUAGUUUGGAGCUUAUUGUGUAGCAAAAUAAAGCUUGUUGAUGUGCUGUUUUCAUGCACACUAGGUUUGAUCUGUUCAGGCUUUUGAAGACCAAUACUAAUGUUUUAGAUUAGAGCUGAGUAAUUAUAUUGGUGGCCAAAAUAAAGCACAGUUCUGUUUAUUUCAGCCUUUUAUUGUUUUAGGGUGUUAAAGCUUCUAAAAAGCAUCUAGACACUAAAACUGUCUAAUUAAACUGAGACUAAUGACAUUCAGAUUUUGACCAGUCGGCCACCCCUUACAUGGCUUUGUCUGAGCGUUGUUGCUCUAGAGCUUUCCUUUGACUUUUUACAUCCAUGACUGGAUCUAAAGCAGCACAAUCAGAUUUUUUGAACUCUUGUUGUCAAAGAUUUGAUACAGUGAGACUUGAUUAGGUGUUUAUGUGUAAAUGCAGCUUUUAUAAAAUCAAGAUUGCAGUUAGAACAAGUUGAUUUGACUGGCUGAAGGAAGUUUUGUCAGUUCAGUGUACAGGUAAGGAAAGUGUGUGAGUGUUCAGUUUGCUUUAGUCAGACCCUGGGCAUUGUCUGCCCAACAGAAGGCCUCAGUGCUUUUAUAUUAAACAAGAGGACGGUGAAAACCAAAAGUCCCAGAAGUCCCACUGCUGUUGCACUACUGCUCCAUCCCAGUAGGAAUUAUUAAGGAAAUGUUGCAUGGAGGAUUGUUUUCUGUAAUGGGUCACAUUCAUUUAGUGUUGUUCAUAGUAUUCUUAACGGCAAGUGACGGCAUUUAAACUAUAUGCUGUGUCUCCUUUAUACAGCAUGCCCAGCAGGUGCAUGUGGUAUCUAUGAAGUAAAUGUAGUUGUGUGUGUGUGUGUGUGUGUGUGUGUGUGUGUGUGUGUGUGUGUGUGUGUGUGUGUGUGUGUGUGUGUGUGUGUGUGUGUGUGUGUGUGUGUGUGUGUGUGUGUGUGUGUGUAUAUGUAUGUGUGAGAGAGAGACUGGUUGUUGAUUGCAUGUGCACUAGUACAUAUGUAGACCUCUGCCAUGUGUUUUGUGCAUGCAAAUGUUGGUAUGUUUGUGUGUUUUUCCGUCAAAGACUGUAAAUGACCUCUCCUGUAUUAUAUUCCCAGUGGCUGUAUUUUGUUCUAUGUAGAGGCCAGUAUUGCCUCAACUCUUAUUUCCCUUUAUUACUGAUGUCAUUUGUACCUUCUUCUUAAAGAAAGACAUUGUAAAUAGAAACUCCAAGACCAAAAUACACACGACACACAUGUGCCUUGAUGCAUUCAGUAGUAUGUGUAUUGGUAACUCUUAACUAACUGGACUUACAGUAACUAUCUAUAAACAUGACAUUGAAAUCUUUGUUUCAUACUAUUCUUUAUUAUUUACCUACAUGUGUUAUUUUUCCUUCACAUUUCCUACCAUGUGUAUGUAUAGAAAGAUUGUCUAUUUUGUACUGUUAUUUUUGUCUUUUCCUCUUAAUUAAAAAAAAAAAAAAUUCCAGUAUAAGCCCA